AACACAUCCCACAAUGCUGUUCGGCGUGCCUUCAUUGCCUUUACGGUAGAGAUCAGCUGAGCUCGUGCACCGCUGCAGUGAGCGCGCGGCUGCCAGCAGCUCGGGAUCGGAGCGGCUCGAGGCUGCUCGGCGUGGACAUUAUUUUAAAACCGGCUUUUUUUUUUCUCUCACUAAAACUGCAAGAAUGUGACCGUCACGUGUACUCGUUUUUUUUAAUUAACCUCCCAAACCGCCCCGGUUCCGGUGGUCGAGUAGACCAUUAGUCUAAUAUUUUUUUUAAUGUUUUCGCUCAUCAUCUGUCCCCUCAGUGCGGAAUACACCUGGACUGUUUCAGGGGGUAACCGUCCGGAUUGAGGAGAUUCCGGGUUUGUUUUUUUUAUGCCGGGAGUGGGCUAUAAUAUGUCCAGGCGAAAACAGACCAACCCCUUCAAAGUUAACUGGCCAUUCCACACUUCAGGCAUCGCAGGACUCGGGCAUACUAUUAACAUGGACGGCAGAGACGAAUUCACAGAAGACAGUGAAUGCUGCAGCAACAACUCCCAGGAAGUCCAGGGGCAGGAUAGCCUCUCAGGGCUGUGUUUGCCUCCAUAGAAGACAGUGAUAGUGACCUCGACAACCACGGUGAAGACUCGUCCUCCAACACCUCUGCCGACGACCACAUGACCACCAAGAGAACGCCGUGCCGCCUACAAGGAGCGGGAGUCAAAGAGGAGAGCGAAGAAGGAGCAGACCUCAACAACUUUGUUUGUCCUCUCUGCACGCUGGAUUUCAGCAGCCCUGAGAAGCUCAUCUCCCAUGUCUACCAGCACACGACUAUGAUGAGCAACACCAAGAGCUAUGUGUGCCCAGUGUGUGGGCGAGCCCUGAGUUCGCCUGGCUCACUUGGACGGCAUCUUCUCAUCCACUCUGAGGACCGCCUCUCCAACUGCGCUGUCUGCGGAGCACGCUUCACAGACACCAACAACUUCAACAGGGAGAAGCUUAAAGAUGUCCUCGACACAACCCGGAUAGAUGUCAGCUGUGGAAGGGACUCCUGUUCCCUGUCCCAGUCCCUGUCCAGCAGCCCCAUGAGCAGCCCAGACCAAGGCACUCACUCUUGUCAUGGAGCAGGUCCGAGCCCCAGUUCCUGUCAGGGCCCUCGCUCAUCAUGUCAAGCACCUGAGCCCAAUCCCAGCCUGUGUCAAGCCCAUCGCACCUGUCAGGGCCCAGGCCACAUCUCGAACCAGUGCCAAGGCCUCAGACCAUGUCACGGCCCAGUCCUGGGAUCAGGACCAUGCUCUGGGCCAGGACCGUGCCCAGGCUCCGAUCAAGGACCCUCCUUUCCUUCACUGCCUGACAGUCUUCUCUCUGAAGGGCCAUCACUCGCAUCUAUCCCCGACGCUCUUAACUCCUCCUCUUCAGGCCUUCCCCCCAUCCCUGACAUCCUGAGCCCUAUGCCUGUGUAUCCCGCCGGCGUGCUGUUGGUAUGCAACAGCUGCAUCGCCUAUCAGCAGUUGGUCGAGGCCCAGUCGCCGAUGCGAAAGUGGGCCCUGCGGAGGAAGAACGAACCCUUGGAGGCGCGCUUGCAGCGUCUGGAGCGCGAGCGCACGGCGAAGAAGAACAAGCGGGCUUGUGAGACGGAAGAAGAGAGGGAGCUGAGGAGGCUGCGGGACCGCGAGGCCAAGCGCAUGCAGAGGAUGCAGGAAUCGGAGGAGCAGCGGGCGCGCAGGCUGCAGAGGGACAGGGAGGCCAUGCGCUUAAAGAGGGCCAACGAGACACCGGAGAAGAGGCAGGCCAGGCUGAUCCGGGAGAGGGAGGCGAAGAGGAUCAAGCGACGCCUGGAGAAGAUCGACCCUGCUCUCAGGACACAGAUAGAGCACGAUCCUGCCGCGAUGGCCGCCCUCACAGCAGACAUGAGUCUCUUUCAGUUCCCCUGCCCCAUGCCCGUCCCUUCCAUCGAUAACGGUCUGUUCAUGAAGCUGCCCUAAUCGGACCAGGCUAGUUUGGGGAGGGACCAACUGGCUUCUAGCAGCACCAUUAACCUCUGCACUGUGCCACCAGGCUGCCGUGGUCACAGUGAACCAUUCCUAGCUGGUCUCCUCUCAGCUUCACACAAACUGCUCUGUUAAAUACAGCGAAAACUGAUUCAAUUUCUAAUUUAUUGCAGUCUAGAAAACCUUGGGAACAGGGUUGAGAAUGUUUCAUGUCGUAUGGAUGAUGACGUAAAAGCAUGUUGUAAAGAGAUUUAUCUGUUCGUCAGCGGACUAGCAGAUUUAACGCAGUUCACUCUAGUAGGAGCAGUUCUACUUCCUUUGAGGAAAGAAUCUUUUGCACAUGGACCUUCAGUGACGGGGAGUGGGGACUUUGUAGCCACAGCCUCCUCCUCUCUGGUCCACUCCGCCAGCCCAGUGACUCGGACUUACUGGUAGCUACACCUCUCUCUUCAAGCUGCCUCCGUGGGUCCCUGGGAAGUUAAUGUUCAGUCAAACUACUACCUCAGCUGGCGCCACGGUGGCGCCCUCUGUCCUGUGGCUCACUGCGUUUCCAACUCCAAGCUUCCAAAGCUCUGUAUGUACUGUACACUACCACAGAGGAUGCAGGUCGUUUUCCUCAGUUUCUAUUUAUCGUUCAGGCACUUUAAUAGGACGCAAGCAUUCAUGACUGAAUCACAACGUGUAUUUUAGAGCGUUGAUUAUGACAUUUCCUAACAGCUAAACUCUGAAUGUUUGUCCUAUUGAACACGCCCAGUGUUGAACAACAUUCCCCUCCUGAGUUUUGCAUCUUGAUGCAUCCACCUCUUUACAUUCUCGUCGCCAAGAUUUGAAACACUUAUCUUUACACUUGCCAAUGUUACUUGUGUUUACUUUCUGUUACAGAGCUCAUGAAAACUCAGUCUGUGCUGCUGUUAUUGUACUGUACAGUACAUUAGUUACCUCUUAUAUACAGUAUUUUGGGCUCAUUAAGUUGAUGAAUAUUGUGCUAAAAUGUUCUGUUACGUGGUUUUAAUGAAACAGUAUCUGCUACGUCACCUGCUGACCUCAGAAUUUGUCUCAUUACUUGAACCCACAAAGAUGCGUUUGUUUUCCUGAUAAUGAGUAAAUCACAGUAUUAAAGUGGGUCAUUAUUGUAGAGAAUCAUACAUAGAUGAUGCCACCUCUGCUUCGUGCAGCUUGUGUAGCAUCCACAUGCUUUGUAAGGCUGCAGUACCUUCAAAAUGUGUAAACAGUACCCUGUACAUUUUUUUUUAUACCUGCAGGUCAGCAGAAACUUAUUUAUUGAGCCACACAACAGUCGGAAAUGAUGUUAACACAAAAAAAAAACAAUUACUGAGCACUGAGGCCAAUCUCAUGAUACACACAGCCCUCACCGGGGGGAUUUUAUUUAUCUAUUUUCAUCAACCUCAUUCCAGCACAUAUUUAUGCAAUAUGAUGUGAAUAUAUUUUUCUUGUGAAAGUGUUUUGGGGCAAUUUUGUUGGUAUAAAUUUGUUUUAAUGUUAAAGGUUUAGAGGCCAUAUUUGGAUAUCCCGUGUUUAAUUUCCUGUCCGUACUGUUACCUCCAGGUUUUCUUGAGUUUGCUUCUCCAGAUGCAAACAUUUACAGUGUCAAAUUGGCCGUUUCAUAAAUAUUCUGCGAAGAAUAUCAGGACAAGGAUGAGUAGUUUUUUCUGUUUGAGUCACUCCUAGACGAGAGUCCAUCUACCUGGCUGGCGAUCUACUGUUUGUUAAGGUAAAUAAAUGAAUCAGUAAAAAUUCAAAAUAAAUAGAAAAUGCGUGUGUAUAUAUAUAUAGGGGCUUGUGGUUUUAUCCUCAGAGACUUUUCUAGGAGUGCAUCAAACCUCUAUGCAACAGAUGUGUUAUUUAUUAUGGGAAAUUCAUUCACUUUUCACUGAAACUAUGCAGAGUGCAACUUUAAUUUAAACAGACUUCAAAGUAAAGAGUUCAGCUUCUCAGGCAAUUUAACUCAGUGAGGGGGCUCAGAGCCUCGGUUCAACACCCUGGUCCAUAAGAUUCAUUAUGUCAUAUGAUGUGAAAGGAGUAAUGUCAUUGAGUUUUGUGACUUUUUAGAGACACAUGUUCUUCUGAGUUCCUCUUCCUGGCUCGGCACAUAAAAACAACAGGGUCUCACUGCCAUCCUAGUCGUAACACAAGGGCAGACCAGAGUCCUCAACAAAGGCUUCAGGUGUCGUUUCUUUCUCUCCUCUCUCAGACUAUGAAUACUGGGUAUUCUCAGAGGUUGCUCUUUGGAAUUGCUGUUAUCCUCUUUGCAGUGGAAUAAUGGGGCAGAAAACUUCAGCGUCUGUGGUCUGACUUUUACUAUCGCAAAAGGAGUACUGUGGACUUUACAAGCAGUACUCUCCGUAUGGAUUAGGGAAGCACUGCAUGUCGUGAAACUGCACUUGUCCUAGAAUGGUUCUAUAUGAGCUUGUGUUCUACUGUUAGUUUAUGCCUGCCUGUUUUUGUUUUUUUGUUAGUUUUUUUUUUUACAAUUUAAUCAAAAGAUAUUGUUAAAAAAAGAAAUGUUGGCCUUUCUAUAUUAAUUCUAUCAGGAUUUUCUCUCAAUGUCCAUGUUUACAGAAUAAAUCUCUCCGAUCAAGGCCAAAUGAAUGAGCUAACUGCUAACAACAACAACAUGCUUGUUGUGAUAUGGAUGCAUACAAGCUGGACGCCAUCCUCUGUUACUGGAUUAACAGAUGUACAGACCACGAUGAAACCUGGUAAAGAAUGUGGAAAUAAACAUUGAAUUUAUUACA